AAAUUUUUUUUUCAGGUAUAACCACAAGAAAUUUAUUAAAAAACAGCUUGCGCUUCCUAAAGAUGUCUACCGAAGCAUUUAAAACCCACGAAGUACUUCCGGAUGUAAUUAAAACUCUUCCUUCAUCAAUCCUACAAGUUACUUACGCUAACAAUGUAAAAGUUGACCUGGGGAACGAACUGACUCCCACCAAAGUAAAGGACCCGCCGACUGUCCACUGGGACGCUGACUCUGGCUCAUUUUACACCCUAUGCAUGACCGAUCCCGACGCGCCAAGUCGCAAACAACCAACCUACCGCGAGUGGCACCACUGGUUAGUCGGGAACAUUCCCGGGAACGAUCUCUCAAAAGGGGAGGUUCUAUCGGAGUACAUCGGUUCCGGGCCGCCCGAAGGAACAGACCUCCACCGGUACGUGUUCCUGGUCUACAAGCAGCCCCAAAAGCUUACCUUCGACGAGCAGCGCCUGACGAACCGCAGUGGCAACAAUCGCGCCAAAUUUUCCAUCAGUAAAUUCGCGGAGAAGUACAACCUUGGCGCUCCGAUCGCCGGGAACUUCUACCAGGCCGCUUACGAUGACUAUGUUCCAAUUCUUUACAAACAAUUGGGCGAUUAA